AUGACUGGAAAAUCAAACAAACCAGAGUCCACUGAAAACAUCAUUGUUGCAGCCGAUCAUGGCCGACUCGAUGUUGUCACAGCGCUCUUAGAAAACGGGGCAGAUCCGAAUAUCGUAGAUGAGGUCGGAACUUCGGCUCUUCAUAAUGCAGCAAAGCAGGGCCAUUGGCAAAUUGCCCGCCUUCUUCUCGAAAAGAAUGCGUCACCUCGGAUCGAGGAUGGCAAUCGCGCAACUCCACUCCGCCUUGCUGUAAGAGCGAGUAACAAAGAGAUUGUUCGCUUGCUGCUUGAGUGUGAUCCUCCUACAAGCGAGAGGAAACAAACCGAAAUUUAUUGGCACCUUCACAUUGCCGCAGGCUUUGGAUUUACAGAAAUAGUCCAACUCUUUCUGGAUUGCGACACCCCCACCCUACGUGGCAGUGGGGAAGAAACAGCGCUGCACUUGGCGGCUGCAAAGGGGCAUCAUGACGUCUGCGACCUUCUCCUAAAGCACGACAAGUCCUUGACUCGAUCACUAUGGACCCGAAUGACCGGACCCAGUUUGGAAGUUGACUCAAAAGAUCACGCGGGAAACACGCCUUUCGCGUACGCAGUGGAAAAGGGUCAUAAUCAGACAGUGGAUGUCUUUUUACGCAGUUAUCCAGAAUUGAGUAAGACUGCCGAUCGCCACAAAGAGCUGCAUUUCCACAAAGCUAUCAGGUUAGGACGGAUUGAGAUGAUUCAGAUAUUCUUGAGUCAUGGCACGGAUAUUGAGAUGAAAGAUCAGCACGGAUGUCGGGCCCUUCAUGUGGCAGUCACCUCAGAGAAUAGGCAGUACGUCACUGCUGCUACUGAGAUACUCCAGCUUCUACUUGCGCAUGGUGCUGCAGCCGAUGCAAAGGACAAGUAUGGCGAUACCCCAGAGUUCUAUUCCAAUAAUCCAAAGACCAGAAUGAUAUUGCGUAACCAUGCAGCUACGCGCCCAAAGGUCGAUUCACCACUGGUACCUUCGGCUCCGCCACCUGAGUACAAGGCAUGA